AUGGCAGCUUCAUUCAACGUUGUUAGAUACAAUUCCUCGCCGUGUGCUGCGUGCAAGUUCUUGAAGAGAAAAUGCCUACCAGAUUGCAUCUUUGCCCCUCACUUUCCACCUGAAGAGCUCCAAAACUUUAUAAGUGUACACAAAAUCUUUGGCGCAAGCAACGUCUCAAAGCUCUUGAACGAGGUUCUCCCUCAUCAAAGAGAAGACGCGGCGAGUACUCUGGCCUAUGAAGCAAAUGCUCGACUGAAAGAUCCUGUUUACGGUUGUGUCCGUGCUAUUUCUAUUCUGCAAUUGCAAGUUGAGGGGCUUCAAAAGGAACUCGAUGAGGCUAAUGCAGAAUUGGUCAAUUAUGCUAGAGGUUAUAACCAUUGUUAUCAUCCGGAUAUCAGUGGUACUACUGCUGCACAGCCAGCACCUAGCGCGGUGCCUGUUAAUCCUAUGUGUUGUUAUGCUCAGAUACCGCCACAAACAAGGCCGGUUGAUUUGAUUAAUACAGGAGAAGCUGGAGUUUGUAAUUAUUACCGAAUACCUUCCUCUGUCACAUUUCCACGGAAUGAUACAAAUCAAGGAGGAGCUGCCGGACAAGGACUUUGA